AUGGCUCUUGGUUUGCAAGACUUUGUCAACUAUGUCGACUAUGACAAGCAGAGCUUGUACAUCUCUGCUGCCUCCAUCGCCUUCAACCCUCUCUUCUGGAACAUCGUCGCCCGCCAAGAAUACCACAACAAGCUUCUGACCAAGAUUUUCGGCGGUAACUCCCAAGUUGCUUGCUAUGCUCUUGCUGCCACUAUCUUCUCUCUCGGUAUGAUUCGCGACUUUAUCUUCAAGACGGCCAUUGCCGAGCAACCCACGCAUCCCGCUCUUGUCACCGACUUCAUCCAGGCCGCCGCUGUUGCUCUUUUUAUCGUUGGUAACGUCCUGGUCGUCUCUUCAACCUGGCGACUAGGCAUUACUGGCACUUUCCUCGGUGACUACUUUGGCAUUCUCAUGGACGAGAUGGUGACUGGCUUUCCCUUCAACGUGACCGGCUCUCCUAUGUACACUGGCUCUACCUGCAGCUUCCUCGCUACCGCCAUGUGGUAUGGCAAGCCUGCCGGUGUCCUGCUCACAUUGUGGGUUGAUGUUGUCUACAGGAUCGCUCUGAAAUUUGAGGACCCGUUCACUUCUGAAAUCUACGCCAAGCGUGAGCGUGAGCGUGUUGCUGGAAAGAAGUCCAACUAA